AUGGGGAACGCGACCAACUCCAUGAAGGGCAGCGAAUCGGAGAGCGUGAAAGAGUUUCUAGCCAAAGCCAAGCAAGAAUUCCUCGAGAAAUGGGAAAAUCCACCUCAGCAAAGUACAGUCCAGCUGGAUCAGUUUGACAUCAUCAAGACUCUAGGCACUGGCUCCUUCGGGCGAGUGAUACUUGUGAAGCACAAGGAAUCUGAGAACUACUUUGCCAUGAAAGUCCUUGAUAAACAGAGGGUGGUGAAGCUGAAACAGAUCGAGCACACCAUGAAUGAGAAGCGCAUCCUGCAGGCCGUUGACUUCCCAUUCCUCGUCCGACUACAAUACUGCUUCAAGGACAACACAAACCUGUACCUGGUGAUGGAGUAUGUCCCGGGUGGGGAAAUGUUCUCCCACUUACGGCGGCUCAGAAGGUUCACCGAGCCCCAUGCUCGCUUUUACGCAGCUCAGAUUGUCCUGACCUUUGAAUACCUUCACUCACUGCACCUGAUCCACCGAGACCUGAAGCCUGAGAACCUUCUCAUUGACCAACAUGGCUAUAUUCGAGUGACAGAUUUUGGUUUUGCCAAGCGUGUAAAAGGCCGAACCUGGACCUUAUGUGGGACUCCAGAGUACCUGGCUCCUGAGAUCAUCCUGAGCAGGGGCUAUAACAAGGCUGUGGACUGGUGGGCCCUAGGUGUCCUGAUCUAUGAGAUGGCAGCAGGCUACCCCCCCUUCUUUGCUGACCAGCCCAUCCAGACAUAUGAAAAGAUUGUCUCUGGGAGGGUUCGAUUCCCUUCUCACUUCAGCACUGACUUGAAGGGCCUGGUUCGGAAUCUGCUCCAAGUGGACCUCACUAAGCGCUAUGGGAACCUCAAGAAUGGUGUCGAUGACAUCAAGAACCACAAAUGGUUCGCCACCAUCGACUGGAUCACCAUCUACCAGAGGAAGGUGGAAGCUCCCUUUAUACCAAAGUACAAAGGCCCAGGUGACACAAGUAAUUUUGAUGAUUAUGAGGAGGAGGAGCUCCGGAUCUCCAUCAGUGACAAGUGUGCCAAGGAGUUUGUUAAGUUCUAA